ACGACGAAUUUUGCACAGCAGAGCAGAGAAGAGUUUCCUUUGGGCCGCGAUUUGCCCAAGUCUGAUCUCCCCCCGGUGCGUGUGACCGUUCUGCUCACGACGUCGGUGGAAUUGCAGUCAUCUUUAUAACUCUCGUUAUCGGCCGGACCACAGCGAGGGAAGUCGGUGCGGUUAGGGGGGCGGUGUACAACCUCAACCCCCCGGGAAGAACGGAUGAAGGUCGUUGUCUUCGUUGCCGUUGCCGCCGUCAUCGUUACCCGUGACAGACCGUGAUAGGGCCGGCCCCUGAAGGAUCGCCAGACGGUGCGCACCCACUGGGGACUUCCUUCCUUAGGUGCUCGAUACCAGCAUGGUGGUUAGUUCCGCACUUGCGUCGACAUCCAGACGUUCACUUUCCUGUGUGUCCACCAGUUGACAGUAGCGCCACAAGUGAAAACAGAGAAAAAGAAAAAGGACACACGGAAGCAGCUGUUGCUGCCGCUGCCUCUGGCAGGUGUGUCUCUAAUCCGGGAUAUAAUCGCAUCAGCGCGCAGCCCGGGAGUGGUGGUCGGGCGUUGCACUCUCCGCUGUGGUCACGUUCCGGCCCCGGAUUCGCUGGACCGCAAGUUGUUCGACGAGUAAAAAAAACAUUGCCCCCAACGAGAUGACAACAGCUGCGACCGGUAAGAAGAUGCGCGUGGUGGCGCUGGUGAGCGGGGGAAAGGACAGCACGUACAACAUGAUGCAGGUGACGGCCGAAGGUCACGAGGUGGUCGCCCUGGCCAACCUGCACCCCAAGGAUCGGGACGAACUGGACAGCUACAUGUACCAGACGGUUGGCCAUCAGGGCAUCGAGAAGCUGGCCCAGGCGAUGGAACUGCCGCUCUACCGGCGGAUGACCCGGGGCAACUCGAUCAAUACCAAGGGCCACUACGAACCAACGGAGGACGACGAGGUGGAGGAUCUGUACGAGCUGCUGGCGAUGGUGCAACGGGAGCAGCACAUCGAAGCCGUCGCCGUUGGCGCCAUUCUUUCCGACUAUCAGCGCGUCCGCGUUGAAAAUGUAUGCGCCCGACUGAACCUUGUCUCGCUGGCAUACCUGUGGCGCCGCGACCAAACCGAGCUGCUGCAGGAAAUGAUCGAUUGCCAGGUGCACGCUAUCAUCAUCAAGGUGGCCGCCCUCGGGCUCAUGCCGGACCGGCAUCUUGGCAAAUCGCUCAAAGAGAUGCAGCCCCAUCUGCAGCUGAUGCGGGACAAGUACGGGCUGAACGUGUGUGGCGAGGGGGGUGAAUACGAGACGUUUACGCUGGACUGUCCUCUGUUCCGCUGCCGGAUCGUGGUCGACGACGUGCAAACGGUGAUCAGCUCGGCCGAUCCGGUGUGUCCGGUCGGGUAUCUGAACUUCACCAAACUUCGCUUGGUGCCGAAGGAGCGGAUCGAAGCGGUGGUGAUUAAAAAUUCGCUCGACUUCAUCCACGAUCUGAACGAGUCGAGCUACAGCGACCUGAGCGAUCCGGAUCUGAGCGAGACCGAGCUGGAGCUGAUCGAGCGGAACAGUUGUAGCGGUGCUGCGAUGGUGGCGGCCGUUUCCCGUGGUGCCAUGCGCAACUCGUUCAGCAAGGAUGAUCUGUGUGGUAUUGGCGGCGGCGCCGUAGUUCUGUCACGCAGCAAUAGCAUCACGAAGGAACUGAGCGGUAGUGGCGCUGCUGGAAGCACAAGUCUCGAGGCGUCAGUGGGCGGUUCAGUGGGUCUUUCCCGAUCACCCGUGCGCAUCAUCACGAAAACGCGAGCGAGCAUAUCGACCAGCGAGGUGGGGUCCGUUUCCGGUGAUGGACCCAUGCCGGAACUUCCCCCCUUUCACUACGCCCGCGAAAGUCGCCCACUGACCAACACUCCGCGGGCGAUCGUCAACUCGAAAGGCUGGAUGUGGGUCGCCGGGGUUCAGGGCAACGGCGACGAGGAUUCCCGCGAGGCGAUGGCCAGUGCCCUACGCACCUUAGAAGAAAUGGUCCAAUCGCGUGGGUUCACGCUCCGACAAAUUUGCUACAUUACUCUGUACGUGCAAAAUAUGGCCGAGUACGGUGCGAUGAACGAAAUCUACUCGACGGUGUUCGAUUUUGCCAACCCUCCGACUAGGGUGUGUGUCGAAUGUCCCCUACCAGCCGAUUGCGCCGUCGUUCUCGAGGCCGUUGCUUACAAUCCCAUCUCCAGUGGUAAGUGUUUCGCGUCCGCCAAAUGCCAAAUAGUUCUCUGCUGUGCUAACGGAGUGUAUCGGUCCCGUUUUUGCACCUUGUUUGCAGCUUCAGAGAUCGAGCACAGACGCCACACGAUGCACGUGCAAGGAAUUUCUCACUGGGCCCCGGCCAACAUCGGAACCUACAGCCAAUCGACGAAGGUUGGCCACAUAACGUACAUCUCCGGCCAGAUCGCGCUGGUACCGGGUAGCAUGACCAUCAUCGAGGGUGGUAUCAAGCAGCAGUGCAAGUUGACGCUGCGCCACCUAAGCCGGAUAGCGAAGGCGAUGAAUGCGCAGGGUGGCCAGCUGCGGGACGUGGUGCAGGGUAUCUGCUUCGUAACGCACCCGGCCUACAUCUACGAAGCGCGGCGCCAGUGGGAACGACGGACAGCGAACGCCAUCAUCGACUACAUUGUCGUGCCGGCGCUGCCCCGUGGCGCCCUGGUCGAGUGGCAGGUGUGGGCCCACUCGCAUAACGAUAAGUUCGAUUACGAAGAAACGGGAUGUUCGAUCGGCGAGUACUCGAUUUCGAUCCGGCGGCGGUGGAACUACGAAAACAACUGCUCCUCGAUCGUGUGCUACGUUUCGACCGGUCUCGCCACAUCGACCACCAAACUGACUGAGCUCACGGAUGACUAUCUGCAUCACCACGGGCAGCUGGCGCAGCGUAUCAGCCAGGAGCAGAUUCACGAUACGAUCGCGUAUGCGUUGCGCAAACUAUUGCAGGACUACGCCGGCCACGGCACGGCUAGUACGAGUCCAACGGCCGGAGGAGCGGACAGCAGUGGGCACAACAAUCCGAGUAGCACUAAUACGACGAACACUAGCGACACUAACACGAACGACGACUCGGUGGCUGAGCACCGCAACGACGAGGAGCAGCCCCAGCAGCAGCGGCCACCACGGGAGCCGACACCAGUAAAACCAGCCGUCCAUUUACGCGUUUUCUAUCAGGUUGAUGCGAUCACAUCGGUACAGUUUUUGCUCGAAGCGAUCGAAAGCUUUCUGCAGUCGCCCGCGAACGUGGCCCGUAUCGCUUACACGGUCAUUCCGGCGUGCCAUUUGCAGAACUUUAGUACCUUCAUCUCGAUAUGCGGUCUGCGCCAUCACGAGUAGGAGAUCGAUCAGGGCCAGCUGGGAGACGGGCGAAUCCUGAAGAUUGUAUCGACGGCGAAGUAGGAAGGGCGCCAAAGACAAGACGACUACUAACGGUAACACCGAUCAUACGAUGAUCACAGCGAAGAACGGGCAGAUGCUCAUAAUCGACGAAUGCCAAAUGCGAAGUAGAGCGGGGAGAAGGAGAAACGAUGAAAUUGGCCAACCACCAGAGGCACUAAAACAUGGACAGAUAGCUUUUUUUUAAUAUUGCAGGAGACUAAGGUACUUGAAAAGUGUAGAAAGACAUCGUAGGACAGAUAGCCAGGGCCAGCACAAGUGGCUGAAGAACGAAUGAUGUGUGCAAAUGUGUGUCUGUGUGUGUGUUUCGUGUGUGUGCGUGUGCCGCGGGAGAAGCUUCUUGUCCCCGCACGCACCCUGGAGGUGCACCGUUUUACGUAAGAUUAGGCAAUAAGUACAGUAGCAGAGCGACAUAAUCUAUCACAUUGUUGUUGGCGCGCAUGGCGGAAGCGAUUUUUUGUUGUAAAUUGUUUUGUUUGCUUCUUUGGAGUAGUUAGGAAACGAAAACCCACUAUACCGCCGUGACACGGGCUGAGGGGAGGAAGGGAGUACAGCGGGAACGAUGGCGCGCGCCGGUUCGAACGCGACGCAUCGCCCUACAAUGCGUUAAUCAGUUUUAAGUUCUCGAAAUACAAACACUUUGGAUUGCGUUAGAAAUAGGGACAACAGAGACAGCGGAGAUAUUACAAUACAAACGAAGCAGAAUAUGGCCAAUGAAUGCAUGUUGGGUCAUGUGAGGUCUUGUUUGAUUGAGAAAUGUAUCUUAAUUAUUUAUGGUGAGCAUGUUCGCGCCCG